GUGAAACAGAUUUAUAUGUGAAAUCUGGCAGGUAGCACAACGACCUGUGGAAUAUGAGUGAUGACAAACCCUUUUUAUGCACUGCCCCUGGAUGUGGCCAGCGUUUUACCAAUGAGGAUCAUUUGGCUGUCCAUAAACAUAAACAUGAGAUGACACUGAAAUUUGGUCCGGCUCGUAAUGAUAGUGUCAUUGUGGCUGAUCAGACGCCAACGCCAACUCGAUUCUUGAAGAACUGUGAGGAAGUGGGCUUAUUCAAUGAAUUAGCAAGUCCUUUUGAGAAUGAGUUUAAAAAGGCUUCUGAAGAUGACAUUAAAAAAAUGCCUCUAGAUCUGUCUCCUCUUGCAACACCAAUUAUAAGAAAUAAAAUUGAAGAGCCUUCUGUUGUAGAGACAACUCAUCAAGAUAGUCCUUUACCUCAUCCUGAGUCUACUACUAAUGAUGAAAAGGAAGUGUCUCUGCAGCAGACUGCACAGCCGACAUCAACAAUAGUUCGUCCAGCUUCGCUACAGGUUCCUAAUGUACUCCUUACGAGUUCUGACUCAAGUGUUAUUAUUCAGCAGGCAAUACCAUCACCAACAUCUAGUACUGUUAUUACCCAAGCUCCAUCCUCUAACAGACCAAUAGUUCCAGUUCCAGGUCCUUUUCCUCUGCUGUUACAUCUUCCUAAUGGACAAACCAUGCCUGUUGCUAUUCCUGCAUCUAUCACAAAUUCUAAUGUGCAUGUCCCUGCCGCAGUUCCACUUGUUAGACCUGUCACCAUGGUGCCUAGUAUCCCAGGAAUCCCAGGGCCUUCCUCCCCACAGCCAGUGCAGUCUGAGGCUAAAUUGAGAUUGAAAGCAGCCUUGACCCAGCAGCACCCUCAGGUAACAAAUGGAGAUACUGCUAAGGGACAUCCGAGUGGGUUGGUUAGGAGUCAGUCAGAGGAACCACGACCGCAAUCGCUACAACAACCUGCAACUUCAACAACUGAAACACCGGCAUCACCAGCUCAGCCUACACCACAAACACCAAAUACAGGUGGUCGGCGAAGAAGAGCUGCCAAUGAAGACCCUGAUGAGAAAAGGAGAAAGUUUCUGGAGCGAAACCGUGCUGCUGCUUCCAGAUGCCGACAGAAACGGAAAGUCUGGGUGCAGUCGUUGGAGAAAAAAGCCGAGGACCUGAGCUCACUAAAUGGCCAGUUACAGAAUGAAGUCACCCUGCUGAGAAAUGAAGUGGCACAGCUGAAACAGCUUCUUCUGGCUCAUAAAGAUUGCCCUGUAACUGCCAUGCAGAAGAAAUCUGGCUAUCAUACUGCAGAUAAAGACGACAGUUCAGAAGACAUAUCAGUGCCAAGCAGUCCACACACAGAAGCUAUUCAGCACAGUUCUGUCAGCACCUCCAACGGCGUAAGCUCAACUUCCAAGGCAGAAGCAGUGGCCACCUCCGUUCUCACCCAGAUGGCAGACCAGAGCACAGAGCCAGGCCUCUCCCAGAUCGUCAUGGCUCCUCCCUCCCAGUCGCAGCCUUCAGGAAGUUGAUUAAAAACUUGCAUUGCAUCAGUUUCUUAGAUACACAUUUGUGACUUUAAAGGGAAAUCAGCAAAA